AAAUUCACAACCCAACCAGCGUCCCUCAACGCCCCAAAGGCCCGAACCCUCCAAACCCCAACCAACCCCUCCUCCUCCGGCGGCGGCGGCGGCGGCGGCGGCGAAGAUGAUCAUUCCGGUGCGCUGCUUCACCUGCGGCAAGGUCAUCGGCAACAAGUGGGACCUCUACCUCGACCUCCUUCAGGCCGACUACACCGAGGGGGAUGCUCUGGAUGCAUUGGGCUUAGUCCGUUACUGCUGUAGGAGAAUGCUGAUGACCCAUGUUGACCUCAUUGAGAAGCUGCUCAACUACAACACUCUGGAGAAGACUGAUGCCAAUGCUGGCAAUUAGAUGAACCUGCCAUGCUCCACCGCUUCAUUGCACCUAGUACCCUUUAAUUUAGUCAGUGUUCUGCUGCGUUUGACAUAUGUGGGCACACAGUGCUGUUAUGCUUAUGCAAAAAGCUGUUCUUGCACAUUAGUAAAUCUGGAUGGACUUAAACCACAUCCAAUGUAACAAGCAUGCAAAUGUUUCUGCUAUGUAACUGUUUCUGGUUAAGCCUCGCAGUAACAAGCAUGCCAAGGCGAAGAGUUUGAAAGGCAACAUUGUUCUGAAUCUCAUCUCAUCAUUGCAUAGAAUUUAUCGCUGUAUCAGUUGAUUUAGCUAUAUACAACUCACAGCUGCUUGUUUGAGACAAGAAUACUUCAUGUGUUCUACCAGUGGCGACCAUUGUAAGAGCUGUGAUUUCAGGAAGUGGUUACCAUCAUGUGCUGUUGACGAAUGGCUUAUUGAAAAGGGGGAAAGCCAUCUAUAUAUUUGUCCUUAGCACAAACCAGAGAGACAUGUGACCUGAAGGUGUUAAAGCAGUUCAGACUAUUGUUUAUUCUCCAUGUUUCAAAGUAUCACUGCUAUUCUUUUUCUUCAUUCUUGUCGGCAAGUAGGACGGUCAUGGCAUGAUGUCGGUUUGCUCAUGUUGUUAUGCAUGCACA